AUGGAGAGGAAGGAACAAAUCAUGACCUUCUACAGCCCUGAUGUCCAAAUAAAAGGGGACCGGAAAUACCAACGGCCUACUGUUCCUACCAACAAACAGUCAAUGUCACCCCAGAAGCGACAGCAGUAUGUGGAUCAGGCUUACACCUACACCCGGAUGUUCUGUGGCAGCCUCUCUGGCUUCAGCCUGCUGCUGCUGAUCUGCACAUCCCCACUGAGCUGGGUGCAGUUCCUGGUGACCAACAACGGCCUUGAGCUCAACGCAGGACUCUGGACUCUAUGCAGCCAUGAGCUGUGCUGGAGCCACAUACCCAAGCCACCCUAUUAUCUCCACUGCUCCAGGGCCCUGUUCAUCAUCUCGAUCCUGUGCGCGCUUGCUGGCCUUGGCUUGCUCUUCAACUCUUGCCACCCUGCAGAGAGAAUCGCGUCCUCUGAGUUGGAUCUGAAGAUGGCCAUCCUCAGCUUCUGCUCAGCUGUCUGCUUGCUCCUCUGCCUCAACCUGUUUCUGGCCCAGGUUGAAUGGUACACAAAGAGUGCCAUGGAGUCAGAGCUCCUGUGGGCCUAUUAUCUUAACUGGUGCAGUGACGUCUUAUACUUCUGUGCUGGGGUCAUCUCUUUUCUCAAUUACAUAACUUUCCAGUCUCAUUCUGCCGAUCCAAGUGUCAAUCAGAUUCCACAGCAGAGGCCCAGGCUGGACUUUGGUCCAGUGCCAACACUACUGCCUGCUACAGCAGAAAAGCCAAGUCCUGAGAUGCAGCUUCUAAGUUGGAGAGAGGAAAAACAGCCAAGUAUGGGAGGGAGAAAUCAGUCAAAUGUGAGAGGGGGGGAAGUCACCAAGUACAAGACUGUGACAGGAACAGGGAAGGCUAAGUCCUGCUGCCUCAAACAUAGAGAGGGUGCGUUAGGUGAGAAAUGA